UCGGUGUGUUCGUGUUCCAAGCAAGCUCCGUCCGUCGUGUUGUUGUGUGCGUAGAGGAAAAUUGAUUUUUUUUUCCUCCGUGCCACAAAACAAUCUGUGCGGUCGCGAAAACGUUAAUGUACCAUAUUUUAGGAAAAAUCCCUUCCCGCCUAGCAUGACCGCGAACGGAAAAAGUGCUUUCGCAGGCGUUCGGUGAAGAAGCGUGCGUGCGUGCUUGCUUGGGAGCUUGUGGCCGUGUUUGUUGGUGUGCAGCAGCCGUGGUGAAAGUGUUCGCUGGCGUGAAGAUCCCACCUCGCAAAACUCCCGUGGGUAACGAACGGCAGCAUCUUCGUUCAACCGCAACUUCCUGCCUGCCUGCCUGCCUGCCUUGGUGCUGGUCCGCGGUGGUUCUUCGCUGGCCAGAAGAUCGAGUGGUGAUUGUGAUUGGGACUGUGUUGUUUUGAGUGUUCUGUUGGGAGCUGUUUUUUUUUUUUUUGCAGCACCGUGUUGUGUGGUGCAACGUGUACAAGUGUGGCAGAGCUCCCGUUUAGAUACCCUCCUUCACCAUGGCAAGUCCACGUACACGUCGCGUUCUGAGCGAGCUGAAACCAUCGGACGGAAACAAUAAAUGCUUCGAAUGUGGUACCCACAACCCGCAAUGGGUGUCCGUGACGUACGGCAUCUGGAUCUGUCUGGAGUGUUCCGGCAAGCACCGUGGCCUUGGCGUGCAUCUGUCCUUCGUGCGGUCCGUCUCGAUGGACAAGUGGAAAGACGUCGAGCUGGAAAAGAUGAAGGUCGGUGGCAAUCGGAAGGCGCGCGAGUUUCUCGAAGCGCAGGACGAUUGGGACGAAACGAUGCCCAUCCAGCGGAAGUACAACACACGUGCGGCCGCCCUUUACCGGGACCGUAUCAGCACACUGGCCCAGGGACAGCAGUGGGACGAGUCGAGUGCGCUGGCUCGCGUGAAAGGUUCGGGCUAUGCGGGCACGGGUAGUAGCAGUAGUGGUGGCGGAGGAGGAAGCGGCGGUGGUUCGACCGGUUCGAUGACACAUUCCAGAAGCAGCGGAUCGAUGGGAGGCGGAGGCGGAGGAUACCAGAACGGGGGCGAUACGUACUAUCAGGAUGGGGGCAGCUAUCAGCAGUACCAGACGCCAGAGUUUAAAGCGCAAAAGGAAGAUUUCUUUAGCCGCAAGCAGGAGGAAAAUGCGUCCCGACCUGAAAACUUGCCACCGAACCAGGGCGGAAAGUAUGCCGGCUUCGGUUACACGAUGGAUCCACCACCAAGAAGUCAAUCUCACGAGCUAUUCGAUACGGUGCAAUCGUCGCUUGCUACGGGCUGGAAUGUGUUCUCCAAGGUGGCAAAUGUGGCGAAGGAGAAUGCGCUCAAGUACGGGAGUAUGGCAUCACAAAAGGUUAAGGAAGGUUCGCUGUUGGAGGGAGUCGGCUCGCAAGUGUCAAACCUGGCGACGAAGGUUACCGAGGUGGGACGCAAAGGAUGGGGAGGGUUCGGUGCACCGGGCGGCAGUUACAGCACCCCGUCCGGUAGCAAUGACCAGUACAGCAACAUUUCGCCGGAAAGUGGCGUCAGCAGUCCGAUAAAUGGGCGACAGGGUGGCGGUGGGUACCAGCAGCGUGGCUCCACCGGUUCUGGCCGCCGGGAUGAAUCCUGGUCCAACAACGGUUGGUCGAACGAUAACAACUCGAACAGCUUGCCACAAUCGUACCAGAACGGUGACAACGAUGAUGACGGCUGGACCGGGUUUGAAUCGUACUCGGGGCCAACGUCCGGCAAUCGGCCUAGCGCGUCGUCCGAGUUGAUGGGCAGCGUGAGCGAUAUGCGGAACGAUAAUUUCGACCGCCAAACAAAAUCCGGCGGAUCGCGGCGCGCGAGCAAUGGGACGAGCAAGCAGUCGACCAAAUCGCCACCUUCCAGCAUCGAUCAGGACUUUGCUGCCCUUGAUAUUAAAAGCAACCGGGCUCCGAAAAGUGCCGGCAGCACCACCACCUCUUCCAAGAAGGCAAACAACAACCCGGAGGACGAUCUGUGGAACAUGCUAAACAAUUAGGCGCACGGUCUGCGCAUCCCACAACACAUCCAGGGUGGGGUCAGGAGUUGACGGUGUAUUUUAACGAAUCGAACCACUACUAUGAAACAUUUGCCAGAUAUGACUUACUGCGCGGAGGGGAGGGGUACUGUGCUCCCCUGCCUCGUCUUCUUCUAAUGUACCGCGCAUGCAAUGUGAAUGUGUAAUCAUCCAAUGUAUUAUAAGAGGUUCAAAACCGGCCAGCAACGGGCUAUAUCCUGGGUAAGGGAAAACCGCUCCCAUGCAGAUCUGGAGACAAUUAUAUUAAUGGUUAAUGGAAGAACACGGUCCCGGAGUGAGACAGCGAGGAGCAAGCAGUAACACAGGUAAUGGGAGAGAGAGACAGAGAGAGAGAGAAAGAGAUAUACAUAUAAUAUGAACGAGACGAGAAAAGUAGUGGAAUAUAUCUAUAUACACAUAUUCUAUAUUGUAGUAAAAAUCCUGUGAGACGUUCGUCGUCGGAGUUACGUCGACGGUGCUGAUCGUUUUCGGUUCCCCCCUUCCCAAACCACUUAUUCCACUGUCUCCCGUAUGAAGAAAAGAGAGAGCAAAAAAAAAAGAUCCUUCUCCUUUAGCAAAAUGACCUAUGAUAACGAAAAUGAGAAAAGAGCUGAAAGCAUCCUACGCGACACAGAUAAUAAAAGUGGUCCUAAUUGUAAUCGCAA